AUGUAUGACAGACCAUACCAGGUCAUUGAUAAUAACUGCAAUAUGCAGAAAAUAAGUGGCUUAGCCAGAUCCCAGCCUGAAGGACGUAGCAGACUACACAAGUCAGAGGUCCCUCGGGAUAAGCAGGUCAGCAUCAAGGUCUUUCUCAAGGACACUGAGAUGAAAACAGGAGAAGAGCCAACUCCGAAUUUUGGACAGACCCUGGAAUGGCUGAGGAAGGAACUGUCUGAAAUGCAGAUCCAAGACCAGAGGCUCCUGCUCACGCUGAGGCAUCUUCACAGUGUCCUGGAAGAGCUGCGGGCCGCGAGUACUCUCUGGGAGGACUGCAGGUCCAGCGGGGGGACAUCCCCCAUCAGAGCUCGAUCGGGAUCCGAAGGCAGGCACUGCGCGUCCCUCUCCUCGAGGGGGCUGGCCCACCUCCUCCAAGGGGAAGACAGCAGACGAAGCUCUCUCCCUUAA